AUUAGCCUGAGUUCACAAUUUUUCUCAGUUUUGUAUCAUUGUCCGAACGGCGCUCCUAGUUAAAACAAAAAUAGAAGAAUUUUCAUAAUUAAAAUAUUAAUCAUUCAAUUUUACAUUCGGAACUAACAAUGGCGUUGAGAGUAUUUUCAAGAAAAUUUUCCUCUAGCAAACAAUUGCGUGCAGUUAUAGAAGAACAGUUCACCAAAGAAAAACUAAAUGAAUUCAACAAACCAGAAGUCCUCCAAGGUGUUAAAAUGUGGAAGAAUUUUACUUUCUAUUUGGCAUUGCCUGGUUGCCUACUAGCUUCCAUAUAUUGUAUUGGUGCUCAUUUGGAACACGAAAAACAUGUAAAGCGAUCAGAAUUUGUGCCAUACGAACACUUGCGUAUUAGAACACGGCGCUUCCCAUGGGGAAAUGGAGACCAAACAUUUUUCCACAAUCCAAAAUUGAAUGCCACAUCUCAAGGUUAUGAAGUUGACGAGGAAAAAUAGCGCUCAGAAUUUUUCUCCGCAGAAUAUUAUAAUAUUUAGUUAUGUAAUUAAUAUUACCUUCAGUCUUAAUGUUUAUUGCAAUGAAUCUACAUUGUACGAUAGUGGUGUGUCUUAAAAAAAAAAAUACAUUCAUGUCUAUACAACUCAAA